CAUUUCUCUCUACAGUAUAUAUACUGACUACUAAGCCAGACCUGCACACACACACACACACACACACACACACACACACACGCACACAGCUGGCCUCUGAGAGAGCAGACACAAGCAAGAAUUAUGAAGCUCUUUUUGGUACUAUUUCUGACUGUAUUUACAGGCUGCCAAGCCAACUUGUUCUAUGCUGAUGAGCCCAAACCACAGCUGGAGCAACUGACUGAUGCUUUCUGGGACUAUGUUGCCAAGGCAACACACACUGCUGAGGAAUCACUGAAAAUGAUUAGAGAGUCUCAACUGGGCCAGGAAGUCAACUCUAGAAUUACAGAAGGUGCCAAUGUGGCCAGUCAGUAUGCUGUCACUCUCCAGAAACAAGUCAACCCUCUGGCCCAGGACUUCAUGACCAUAAUCAGCAAGGAGGCUGAAGUUCUGAAGGAACGUCUCGAGCAGGAUCUGACCACUGUGAGGGACAAACUGGAGCCCUAUGCUGAUGACCUGAAGACCCAAAUUCAGCAGAAAGUGGAGGAUCUGAGAGUAGCCGUGGCUCCCUAUGCCGAGUCCUUCGACUCUGAAGCUCUGAAAACUACUGUGCUGCAGAAGACAGAGGAGAUCAGAGGAAGUCUGGAGGAGAAAGUGAAGGAGCUGCAGUCUCAGCUGGAGCCCUAUACUGAUGAACUCAGGCAGAAAGUAGAUCAGCAUCUGCAGGAAUUCCAGAAAACCGUGGCUCCUCUGACUGAAGAUCUUCAGGCCAAGGUUGCUGAGAGAGCUGCUUUGGUUCAACAGGGUCUGGCUCCCUAUGCUGAGGACCUGAGAGAGAAACUGGACCCCUACGCCCAGAACCUGAAGGACCAGCUCACCGCUCUUUAUGAGUCCUACAUCAAAACCAACUAAAUAGCACAAAAAUAACUUUUCACUCUAUUUGCACAAGACAAUCCCAUUAUUUCCACAGUCUCUAUAAUAGGCUUAUUAUCUCACAAAAUAUAAAAAACAAUCAAACUUUUCUCCUGACAUCAGCAUCGGAACAUUAAUAUCAUAACAUAUCUAUGAAUUAAUAUUAUGCUGUUAAAGCACUGUUUGUUCCUGUGAACAAUUUUAUAAAUAAAAUCAUGGCUUGUAUAACUAAAGCAA